AUGGCGCAUUUCGGACGGUCUCCGGUCUCCAUGUCUUCUGUGUCGGUGUCCUCUCAGGAGGGGCGGAGCUUGUCCAGGAUGUCUCUGAGCCGCUCACCUGUGUCUCCCAUGACCACCCAGGGCAUCCCGUCAGCCGCCCAGCUCACCAAGGCCAACGCCCCCGUGCACAUAGAUGUGGGGGGGCACAUGUACACCAGCAGCCUGGCAACGCUCACCAAAUACCCCGAGUCCAGGAUCGGCCGUCUGUUUAACGGUACCGAGCCCAUCGUGUUGGACGGUCUGAAGCAGCACUACUUCAUCGACAGAGACGGAGACGUGUUCCGCUUCGUCCUCGGGUUCCUGAGGAGCUGCAGACUGCUGCUGCCUGAAGACUUCAAGGUCUCUAACCUCCCCACCCCCCUGUGUCUCCCUCAGGACUUCCCUCAGCUCUACGAGGAGGCCCGGUUCUACCAGCUGACUCCGAUGGUGCGGGAGUUGGAGCGCUGGCAGGCGGAGCGGGAGGCCCAGCGGGCGCCGCCCUGCGAGUGUCUGGUGGUCCGGGUCACCCCCGACCUGGGCGAGAGGAUCGCUCUGAGCGGAGAGAAGGUCCUGAUCGAGGAUGAUUUCACAUCUCAGCAGCUCAGACCUCUGAGACUUUUGACCUCUGAGACCUUUGACCUCUGA